AUGAACAGUGAUGAUGUUGCAUCGCACUUUCGGCGCUUUUCUUACAGCGUAAGCUUUGCUCUAGCUCAUGGAAAGCGACUCGCUGCAACGGAUCGUGAGAUUUUCGAAGUCGGGCGAGUGACGGAUCAGAUUGUACGCAUUUUCCAUGAAAGCGGAAGCGCAUUGGUCGAGAUUUUUCCUGUGCUGGACUAUCUUCCUCGACGCUGGGCUAGUUGGAAAGGAAUGGGAAAAGAGUUCCAUAAAAAGGUCGUCAGAUUCUACACAGGCAACAUGAUGGGUGCACUGCAACAGAAGUCAUGGAAUUGGACAAAAGAAUCUCUCCGCCUUGAAAGGGCUCAGCGUCUGUCUGCUACUGAGAUUGCAUAUGUCACCGGUGUUCUUCACUCUGGAAAUGAAGUCACCCAAGCUGUUCUUGGAGUCUUUGUCAUGGUCUGCCUGCUCCAUCCGCAAGCAAUACAUCGAGCACAGGAAGAGCUCGAUCGGGUUGUUGGCCUAGAUCGACUUCCUGCUUUCGAAGAUGCUCCGAAUCUGCCUUACCUGCGUGCGUUCAUCAACGAAAUCCUAAGGUGGCAAUCACCAACUCCGAUGGGCGUGCCUCACGCAACAAGUGAGGAUGACGAAUAUAUGGGAUAUCGUAUUCCCAAGGGGACGACAAUAUUGGCCAAUCACUGGGCAAUAAACCAUGACGAAGGUAUAUUUGAAAAUGCGGAUGAGUUUCAGCCUGAGCGGUGGUUGAAAAAUCCGAAGCUCCCACAGAUUGCGUUUGGCUGGGGAAGAAGAGUAUGUCUGGGCCAACACAUGGGCCGAAACUCUCUCUAUGUGGUCAUCUCACGUCUACUGUGGGGAUUCGAGAUCGACUGUCAUGAUAUUAACAAGAAAAGGUUCAUUGAGUCUUGGGAUAUGGUGCAAAAUUUAACGUCCGGUCCAUCAUCAUUUAAAGCGAUGUUUCGACCACGAACUCCUCAGAAGCAACGAAUGAUGCAAACAGAAUGGGAAAAUGCAGAGAGUGAUGUUGACACCAUUCUUGCAGAAGUUUGGCCCGUCAAAAAGUAG